UUAAGAGUCACAAGUUAUUGUUUGUUUUUAGCUUUCAUAUGCUUUUAUUGGAGCACUUAAUACCAUGGGUCAUUCUGUACUUGACUGGCUUUCAGGACACUAAAUUCUCCCCUUUCUUCUCCUCUGAUGAAUCUCUAGGUACAUACUGUCCAAUAGAACUUUCUGUGAUGUUGGAAAUGUUUUAUAACUCUGAUAUUCAAUAUGGUAGACACUUGAAAUAUAGCUAGUAUGACUAAUUAAAUUUUUCAUUUUAAUUUAAAUUGAUUUAAGUCCCUUCAUGUGGCUAAUGGCUACCAUAUUGGACAGUGCACCUCUAGAUCUUCCUCAAGUAGGAGAAUCCAUAAAAAUAUAUCCUCUUCUUUCUCUUCAUUCUCUUCAUUUGUAACCAAAGUACAUCUCAUUGUUUCAGGUACCAUAUCUCUGCAGAUAAUCUCUAUCUUCACAUCUCCUGGUAUGACUUAUCUUUUCACCUGUAGCCCUGUAAUUUCCUACUGUUUAUUGAGCAGCUUUGCCUGGAUGCCUCAUUUAAAAAAUAUAUAACACAUUGUCCUCCCUCCUCAUUCUCUUCCUUUGUAUAAUCCUUUCGUCUCAUAAUACCACUAUUACCUUGCUGGUUACCCAUACUUGAAACCUUAGACCUUUUUGAACCUUUCUUUUUUCCAACUCUAUCUACCCAAGUACAAGUAAAUGUACCAAUAUACACAUACAUAAACACAAAAUCAGCUGUGAAGUCUUGAUGAUUCUUUGUAAUAUCUUUUUAAUAUUUUUCUUCCUUUUCAUGCCCCCUGCCACGUCCCAGUUCAAAUAUGUGAAAACACUUAAAAGCAUGUCUGACACAUAGUAGGUGCUCAAUAAAUAGUUUCUUCCCUUCUUUUCUCUCUUUUUUCCAUUUCAUUCAUCUUUCCUGAAUGCUGUAUUAGCUUCCCCACCUGUAGUGCCUCUCUUCUAUGUGUCACUUUGCACCUUGAUACUAGAUUAUUCUUCCCAAAGCAUAACUCCAAUUUCAUUUUUUUUCUUUCUUUCUUUAUUUGGUUACGCCAGGUCUUAGUUGCGGCAGGCGGGCUCCUUAGUUGUGGCAUGCGAACUCUUAGUUGAGGCAUGCAUGUGGGAUCUAGUUUGCGGACCAGGGAUCAAACCCAGGCCUUUCAUUGGGAAUGCAGAGUCUUAUCCACUGUGCCACCAGAGUCCCUCCAAUUUCAUUUUUGAGCUCAAAGACUUUUAGACUCACUCUACUUCCUAUAAAUGUCUCUGCCUACCCCCACAUCCUUUCUUACACUUUGUCUUUUUCCUUGGUCCACAUUCUUAGCAGUUAUCAGUGUUUGAAAUUAUUUAUUUAUGUGACCCCACAAUAGGACAUAAGCUCCAUGAGGAUAGAAACUUUGUUCACUUUGUACUCCCAGAGCCUAGAAGGUAUUCAGUGUAAUGGUUGAUUUUAUGUGUCAACUUGGCCACGAGGAACCCAGGUAUUUGGUCAAACAUUAUUCUGGGUGUGUCUGUGAGGGUUGGUUGUUGUUUUUGUUUUGUUUUUUUGUUUGUAUGUUUUUCUGAUGAGAUUAACAUUCGAAUCAAUCCUACUGAGUGAAGCAGAUUGCCUUCCCUAAAGUGAGUGGCCAUAAUCAGUUGAAGACCUGAAUAGAACAAAAAGAUUGACCCUUCCUUGUGUAAGAGGGAACUUCAACUGUCUGACUACUUUGAGCUGGGACAUUGAUCUUUCCCUGCCUUUGGACUUGAACGGAAGCAUUGGCUCUUUUCGGGUCUUGAGCUUGCCAGCUUUCACACUGGUAUUUACACCAUCAGGUCUCUUGGGUCUCUGGUUGUAGACUGCAGAUCGUGGGACUUCUCAGCCUCUAUAAUUGCAUGAGUCUGUUCCUUUUAUAAAUUUCUAUAUAAAUUUCUGGUUCUGUUUUUCUGGAGAACCCUAAGUAAUACCAAUACAUUUUGGUACUAGGAAUAGAGUACUGCUGUAACAAAUACCAAAAAAUGUGAAUGUGGCUUUGGAAUUGUGUGAUGGGUAGAGGCUGGAAGAAUUUUGAAGCCCAUGCUAGAAAAAGCCGAGAUUGCUGUGAAGAAACUGUUGAUAGGUAUAAGGACAUUAAAGAUGAUUCUGGUGAGGGCUCAGAAAGAAAAGAGGCAAGCAGGAGACAAAGCUUCCACCUUACAGAAAUACAUGAAUAGUCAUGAACAGAAUGUUGGUAGAAAUAUGGAUGAUAAAGGCCAUUCCAGUGACAACUCAGAUGGAAAUGAGGGAAAGGUUAUUGGAAAUUGGAGGAAAGAAAUCCUCGUAAUAAAGUGUCAAAAAACUUGACUGAAUUGUGUUGUACAUGAAUCUGGGGUGAGAAGGACAUCAAUUUGUGGGGGCUGGGGGCCUCAUUCCCUGUACCAAAACUUGUGUUAGUCUACUAGGACUACUAUAAUCAAACACCAUAGACUGGUUGGCUUAACUAACAGAAAUUUAUUUCUUACAGUUCUGUAAGGUGGGAAGUCCAAGAUCAAGGUUCUGGACAGUUAGCUUUCUGGUGAGGGCUCUAUUCCUGGCUUGCAGACGGCUGCCUUCUCACUGUGUCCUCAGAUUUAGGAACAGGCCUUCGAUAUUUUGAAUCACCUUUACAUGGAGCACAAAGAUGAUGACGAUGAUGAUGUGUCUUUUGCCAAAUGGAUGAGCAGCUUCUGGGGUCACAGCUGGAUAGAGGAGGAUGAGAGAGGACUCCGGGACCGCCAUGGAUCACAGAACUCCAGUUACAGGAAAACCUCCCUGCCCUGCCCAUUUCCUGUGCUUCCCAGCAUGAUGUCAUCUGACAGCCAUCCUAGAAGUCAUUCUUAUGAGGACCAGGGAUUUCAAUGCCGUACUCACGUGCGGGAUUACAGAAAAUACUCAGAGGAUGGGUCAUUCAAGGAGCCCCUGGAAUCAAAAAGAAGAUCCCAUUCCAAAAUUCAGGCAUUUUCAGAGUCCUUUGAACAGCAACUCUGCUUUAGAACCAAACGCUCUGUCUCUUCGGGACCUGAGAGCAGAAAGGAGAGAAAUGAGAGAGAAUACCGGGCAGUGGAAAUGAGGUCUUGCAAGAAAGUGGAGGAAAGAAGGAGCUCUGGGAAGGAAGAGUGUGGAGAAGCUUACCUGCCCGCCCUGUCUGAAAAGGGGCCCAAAUAGUACUUUGUUUCCACACCAUGACUACUGAUGCUGCUGUGUUUUUCUGAGCCCCAAUUCACCAGGCCCAGGAGUGGUAGCUGUAGAGUCUGCAGAUGCUGAGUGACUCAAGUGGGUGGUUGAUUCAGCUGCUCCCCAAGACAGCUUGCAUCAUACUACAGCUGCUUUUCAGAGUGUGAUCUGCUCUGUUGCCCUUUUAUGGGAAUAAAAAGGAUAAAAGGUAUUUUAAUAGCAUAAAGUAAUUAUUGAAAAUGUGAAGAGAGAUAUUUAAAGAGCCACCCACAC